UUGCCAAAUAAGAGGUCUGGGAUGAGGCACGAAUUAGGAGCAAAAACCUAACAAUUUGGGGGCUCGUCCGGGAUUUCUCCAGACAGGUAAGAAAUAAAAUGCUUAAGUGCAUCCUACUGUCUGUUGAGAAAUUGAUCCUUGUAUUUUUGUGCCGCACUUUUUUCAUAUUUGUUAAAAGUGGAUAUCCUCGUAUUUAGAUAAAUGCGGGAAGAGUGAAAGAGGAUUGAUCACCCUUUCAUUUUUUGGUGUUAUCCUCACGGAUUAUAUACGUGGGAAGGGAAUAGAUGAGUUUGAGUUGAAAAUUUUUCUCUCUCUCUUAGUCCAUUUCAUGAUGAUAUCCUCAGGUCCUUGUUGGCAGUUGAAUGAAUAAUACUGAAUUUAAAAUUUUUCUUUUUGCUAAAAAUACUAAAAAGUUAAUAUAAAGCUGCAGACUUUAAUUUGUAUUUUGUUUGGCCAUUCUCUGAAAUUGUAAGGCUUUUCUUUAAGCAAAGGAGAGAUCUUUGUUGGCUGUUUUAAAUGGGUGAAACGAUUAGUCGACCGUUGAUGGGGGAAACCCCGAGGGAUUUCAUGAAUCGCAAUAAUAAAGCGUUUUUCACAGAACCCUAUCUCUCUAAUCUCGCGAGAUGGUCAGAAGGGAAAAUACAAUUAGAUCCGUUUCCCCGCGAUGGUUCUUUUAAAGAUGAAGAUAUGCGUGGUGCAAAAGAUAUGAUCUUUGGUUCUUGGGGUGACCCAGGAUGGCCAAUUGAUUAUAUGAAAGAUGCGUAUAAAGUUUGGAUGAAGAUGAAAACUUAUUGGGAUAAGGGUCCAGAGUUGAAAAAACAAGACAGCUCUCUCUCUCAGUCUCAGUUGAAACCUGAUGCGUCUCUUCCCCCAUAUGAAUGUGUUGUUUCUGCUGAAAUUCCAAAGCCCUUGACCAAUCGAUUGUAUCCGCAGUUGCCGUCCACAACUGAAGUUUUUCCGUUUGUACAGCUUCCAGAUGGUUACAAAAUUACUCCUCUGAGUGUUACGGAGGCAGUGGCUAUUUGCAAAGAUCUUCCUGAUCCGGCUAAGUCACCACAUCAAUUUGUGGCAGUGCUGCAACGGUUAACUGCCUACAGUCAAUUGACGGGACGAGAUUAUCGUUUUAUUUUGACUAAAACACUGCCUGCGGAAAUCACAGAGGAGGAAAUGAUUGAAGAAGUUUAUUAUUUAAACCCCAUCUACGAUACACCGCCUGUUCGUCGUGUUGUAUCUCAGAAAGCUGGAGAUUCGAAGCCCCUUGAUUUGUCUAAACCUUCACGAGUGCUUCUAAUUACUGAUUCGGAGGAAGACGAGGACGAAACAGGUGAUUGGAUUUGGGCCAGCUCAGAAAAACCCACUCAUCCUUUCAUUCCAGGACAACAGGUGCUGAUAAAGUGUCUGAAGCCCACAAAACUGGGUGAGCCGAAAUAUCUGGGGCCCGCCACGGUGAUUGCUGUGACGAGAACAGGAGUGCUGACUGACUUCCAGCCGCAGUGGAUCCAUGCCAGUCGACUGAAAGCAGCUCCAUCCCAGGGGAACGUUCUGGUCAAUGAGGAGAAGGAAGCCAGUGAGCCAAGGAAAGAUCCGAAGGAAGGUGAACCAAGACGUUCAACGAGGAGAAGAAGAAAGAGAUUGCUAGAGAUCUAAAACCAGCAAUAAUUAUCAUUGAAGCUCUCUAGCCAUGAUUGCUAAAUUGACAUUUUACCUGGUUGUGCUGACAAAUGUGUUUAUUCACAUACAAGCUGCUGUUAGCACUGGUAAUGAAACUUGGGUACAUUAUGAAGAAGAACCACAUGCCUUUGCAGCUAAUAUGUGGUGGAGAUUAGCCAACUACACUGCCAAAUCUGAAGGAAAAACAGGUGACUGUUAUGUUUGCACCAAAAUGCCACAUAGUGCUUCUGGACCACAUGUAGAGGUUAAAUCACCAAGGACAGAAGAAGAAUUAGAAUGCCCUAUUUUUGUUAGCAUUACUGGAAUGAUGGCUCCAAAUAGAAGUGCAAUAUGGAGUUGUGGAAAAAGUAGAAUAAUGAUGCUUGCAACGCAAGUACAUGCUAAAGUGACAACCACUGGCUCUAUUCCAGACUCACUGUUAUGUAUGGAAAGAGAAACUGGAACAGUGAGACUGGGGGUAAUUCCUAAAAGUAAAUGUAAUCGAACAUACCAUCAUUGUGAGAUAGAAAAUAUGUCUUGUUGUAUGAGGUGUAUUUUGCAUUAUCCAAAAGCUAAUAUGACUGAGUGUUCUAAAGGAACACCACAUCCUAUAUCUACUAUGAUUGCUUAUGGAUGGGCUAAUCCUUUUAUUCAAGAUGUGUGUUCUAAAUAUUGUGCGCUUGUGCCAGGUCAAAAUUGCUACAGAUAUGCUCCUGCUUCACGGGGAACUAGAGCUGUAAAAGAUUGGUUUUGGCUGUGUGGACAUAGAGUCUACACUACUCUUCCAGAAGAUUGGAGUGGAAGAUGUGCUCUAGUAACUUUGGAAGAAUAUUCCAUGGUUAUUAGACCACACAAACCUCACGUUAUGACAAAAAAAAAAACAGAAAAAGAAACGCUCCCUCUCUGGUCGCGGUUCAACUAGUAGUUUGAGUAGAGAUAAUCCAGUACCAAAGCAACAUCGACUCUGGACUGGUACUGAAAGAUUCUUUGAAGCAGUGUUUCCAGGAAUAGGUGUCUCUAGUCUUCAAAUUGAAGUUGAGGUUACAAGAUAUGAGCUAAUUUCAUUUAUCAAUACUACAAGAGACACAUUGGCUGGUGUUCAACAGGAACUCCGAGGGCUCCGUUUAACUGCCCUGCAAAAUAGGCUGGUCUUAGAUCAGUUAACUGCGGCAGGAGGAGGAGUUUGUGUUAUUGUUGGUACUUCUUGUUGUACUUAUAUCCCUGAAAAUGAUGCAGAUGGUCAUUUAAUUUCAGAGGGUUUAAAAAAUAUGACUAGAAUUGCUCAAGAAUUACAAGAACGAGAAGUUACUGAUAAUCAAAGUGGGUUCUUAGCAUGGCUCACAGGAUGGCAACAAAUGCUUGUAUCUGCUUUAAUUCCUAUAGGUGUGAUCCUAUUAAUUAUGGCAUUUAUUAUCUGUUGUAUCAUUCCAUUUAUUAGAGCUUUGAUUAAUCGUGCCAUGAACAACUUUGUAUCCUCUCAAUAUGCUUUGAUGAAUAGACCUGUUAAAUGUUAAUAAUUUUGAAGGAAAAUGAAGGAAAUGUUUGCUGAAGAAUGUUAUGAUUUUGAAAGUAAAGAAAGUGAUUAUAUUUGGAUAUGAAAAAAGUAAUGCUGAGACUUGGGUGUGGCAAUUUUAUUGCCAAAAGGGGCAAUUGAUAGAUUUUAUGUUGGUCUCAGCAUUGAAAGUAUGUGGACUGAGGCUCCUUUUUUUUUUUCCUCUGUCAAAGUUGUAUACUAUGUUUCAAACAUAUGGUUUUCUAUGUACCAGAACCAUUUCCAUAUAAGGCUCUACUAGGAGUAAAUGUGAAACAGGGAAUGGUCCCUGCUUAGGAGAAGGUCCUUGGGAUGCUAAGGGACCUCAUGGGUACCUGACCAAUAGAUGACCAUAUUUAGACUUGUUUUUCUAUAUGUAUCACAUUCCUAUACCAUGAUCUAUAUGAUGUAUUCUCUUUCUCAUUGGCUGAAACUAUACUACACCCCUUGUACUCUUUCUAUAUAUUCUCUCUUUUCUUAUCAAUAAAAUGAGACUAUAUUCUCCCUCA